CAUUUGUGUUGACGUGAACGUGUUAAUGACGCAGCCUAAUUAGUACUUUAGAGAGUUUUCUGGAAGCGUGCCUAAAACAUUAAGUAUUUAAUAUCCUAUAGGAUUUUUUUUAAAACUUUACGAACUCAUGACAGGAGGGGCACGGCCACGUUGAAGGGAUUCAAAUUGAACCCUCGCGUAGAGUUCGGCUGCAGGAUAUCUGAGUUCAUCGGCUGCAUUAGAAAUGGGUGUAUUAACUGCAACAGCUUCAUAUCUGUGUCAUCUCGGAGAGAAGGAAAUCUGCUGAAACAGAGGUUAAUGACGGUGCUGAGCUGUGUCCUUGUCCCUGCCUCCUGGCAGCAAGGAGCCACCCAGCAGCCGGUCUGUGAUUGGGCAGGGGAGUGGGUUUCUUGACACAGCGCGGUGCUGACUGCUCCGGGACGUGUUUCAACAGAUGGUCGAGGUUAGAGAGUGUCAUCACAUCGGAGAGAGGAUUAGAGGAGAGAGGUUGUCUUCCAGGAGCUGUGUGGUCCCCCCUACUCUUCAACCCAAAGUCCCCAAUCCCAAGACACAAACCCCUCUAUGAGCAAAGGGAGACCCGGUGAAGAAACGCGAGAGGAAAACACAGAGAGGAAUCCUAGCCUUGCCUCUCACUCGGCCAGCACUCUGCUCUCCUGCCUUUCAGUCGACCACAGCUGCGAGAGCGGCACGGGUGUGAGUGAGUGGCCUGGCUGGACCUCUUCUCCCUCCCUCCAUCUCUCCAUUAAUCCUCCCUUCUAACCAUCCCGUCUCUAGUCGUCUCAGGCACCAUGCUGGUGCAGUGGCUGGCUUGGUUGGCCCUGCUGUCUCUGGACUGGGCUCCAGGCAGCUGGGCCUUCAUCACCACGAGGGCUCAGGGCCUGAGGGGUCGCAUCCAGAGAGACCGCAGAAACAUCCGGCCCAACAUUAUCCUCAUUAUGACUGACGACCAGGAUGUUGAGUUGGGUUCACUCCAGGUAAUGAAUAAAACCCGUAAGAUCAUGGAAGACGGAGGCACAAGUUUCACCAAUGCCUUUGUCACCACACCAAUGUGCUGCCCAUCACGGUCCUCCAUGUUGACGGGCAAAUACGUCCACAACCACAACACCUACACCAACAACGAGAACUGCUCCUCCCCUUCUUGGCAAGUUCAGCACGAGCCACGCUCAUUCGCUGUCUAUCUCAACAACACGGGCUACAGGACAGGCUUCUUCGGCAAGUACCUCAAUGAGUACAACGGCAGCUACAUCCCACCUGGGUGGCGCGAAUGGGUUGGAUUGAUAAAAAAUUCCCGCUUCUAUAAUUACACUGUCUGUCGGAACGGUUACAAGGAGAAACACGGUGCAGACUAUGCCAAGGACUAUUUCACAGAUCUGAUCACCAACGACAGCAUCAACUUUUUCCGCAUGUCCAAACGGGUGUACCCUCACCGUCCUGUCAUGAUGGUUAUCAGUCACGCUGCUCCUCAUGGCCCUGAGGACUCGGCUCCACAGUACGCAGAGCACUUCCCAAAUGCUUCGCAGCACAUCACCCCCAGCUACAACUAUGCCCCGAAUAUGGACAAACACUGGAUCAUGCAGUACACAGGCCCCAUGAGACCCAUUCACAUGGAAUUCACCAACUUCCUCCAUCGGAAGAGGUUACAGACUCUCAUGUCUGUGGAUGACUCAGUGCAGAAGGUUUAUGAGAUGCUAGAGGAAAGUGGAGAGCUGGACAACACUUACAUCAUCUACACAGCAGACCAUGGCUACCACAUUGGUCAGUUUGGAUUAGUCAAGGGCAAGUCGAUGCCUUAUGACUUUGACAUCCGUGUGCCGUUCUUCCUGAGGGGACCCAACGUAGAGCCAGGGGCAGUGAACCCUCAUCUGGUACUUAACAUUGACCUAGCUCCCACGAUCCUCCACAUUGCUGGGCUGGACACCCCCCCAGACAUGGAUGGAAAGUCCAUCCUUAAGCUGCUGGAACAGGACAGGACUGGCAAUAGAUUCAAACCCAACCGGAAACCCAAAGUCUGGAGGGACACAUUCCUGGUGGAGCGAGGAAAGAUCCUAAGAAAGAAGGAUGACUCAGUGAACACUCAGCACACCAACAGCCUUCCCAAGUACAAGAAGGUCAAAGAGACUUGCCAGCAGGCCGAAUUCCAGACACCCUGCGAACAGCCUGGACAGAAAUGGCAUUGUGUGGAGGAAAUCACAGGCAAGUGGAGGAUACAGAAGUGUAAAGGUGGUUCGAAAGAAGGCUCCAGGAAGAGGGCCCGCAGCCUGAAGCCCCGCAGCAGUUACGACAACAGAGACAGGGGCUGUGACUGCGGGGAUGCCGCCUUUAAACCCUCCAGAACGGACCGACGCGCCCAUCGACAGCUCUCAUCUGGCCAGCGUUAUCGUCCACGUUUCGUCCACACCCGGCCGGCCAGGUCUCUGUCUGUUGAAUUUGAAGGUCAGAUAUAUGACAUUGACCUUCAAGCGGAUGAUCAGUCAGCUGUCCGCCGCCGCGUCAUCUCAAAGCGCCACUACAACCCAGAGGACCCAGAGUUCGAUUUGGGCACAGAUGACGGUUCGGAGGAAAUGUUGGCGGACGAUACCAAUGCCGUUGGAUACCCAAACUCUGUAAAAGUUACUCACAAGUGUUUUAUCUUGAUGAAUGACAGUGUCCAUUGUGAAAGAGAAAUCUACCAGUCCUCCAGAGCCUGGAAAGACCAUAAGAGUUAUGUGGACCAGGAGAUUGAAGCACUUCAAGACAAAAUCAAAAACCUCCGGGAAGUGAGAGGCCACCUGAAGAGGACACGACCAGACGAGUGCGACUGCGGAAAGAAGAGCUAUUAUAACAAAGGAGACAGAAACAAGGCAGAGAGAUUGAAGAACAGGAAAGAUCAACUCCAUCCGUUUAAGGAGGCUGCGCAGGAAUUAGACAGCAGGGCCCAGUUGUACAACGAGAUUCGGAGAAGGAAGAAGGAAAGGAAGGAGAAGAAACGGCAGAGGAAAGGAGACGACUGCAGCCUGCCUGGCCUCACUUGUUUCACACAUAACAAUGAUCACUGGCAGACCGCUCCCCUGUGGUCGUUGGGCGGAUUCUGUGCGUGCACCAGCUCCAACAACAACACCUACUGGUGCCUGAGAACCAUCAACGAGACCCACAACACGCUGUUCUGCGAGUUCUCAACCGGCUUCCUGGAGUACUUUGACCUCAACAGUGACCCCUACCAGCUGACCAACGCGGUAUAUGCAGUCGAUCGGGAGGUACUGAACUCUCUCCACGCUCAGCUGAUGGAGAUGAGGAGUUGCCAAGGUUACAAGCAGUGUAACCCUCGCCCCAAAGGAUUGGAUGCAGCACACAGCCAAUAUGGGACGGACGACAGGGUUAAACUACCCAACUUGACAGAUGAGGAGGUAAACUGGCAGGGACUGGAGGAUCUGUAUAGCAUAAACGAAAGCCUUUAUGAAUGUAGGCCUGACUACAGCCCCAGCCCAGACGACUGGGCCAACUUCCAGAAGGAUGUAGAUAAUAUAUUUGCACUGCGACACGUUUUAAAUAAAUUCAACCGAACCCAUCAGCUUGACGACUCCACCCUGCCAGAGCUGGGCUCCGGGGCCGGGGGUGGAGGCCUUGAAGAGGGAAGCGGAGAAGAGUUGGCCUCGGUUGGUGAUGUCCAGCCGGGCCUGGCCACAGAGGCUCGCCUCACCACCCCCGCCCCCAGCAAAACGCCACCGGCACCACCCCCACCCAAGCCCACACUGGAAAGGAAACUGGAAUCUGUUGUCAAUGACCUUCCUGAGAAGAGGCCUAUAGACAGACCUGGGGGGUCACCGGUGAUGGUUUCAUCAUCAUCAUCUUCAUCAUCAGGUCCAAGAGGAGGGGGGUUAAUCUUUCAGGAGGAGAUGGAAGGAGACAUAUUCAGCGGGAAUGGACUGACGGAACUGGAAACACGACACGACAGCCUGCUGCGUACUCACAACAGCCUCGAGGCUCAGCUGGAGCCCGGCCUGGGCCACGGAGAGGAGAGCAGCCCUCAGGGUCUUGGCCUGGGCCUGGACCUCGAAGAAGAGGAGGACAUAUUCCAGGCCCAAGGCUACCUCCCUUUCUCCCCGCGGCGGACACUGAGGCCCGAGGUGCAGGCCAGCACCACCGGGAGCCCCCCCACCACAGAGACUAGCACCCCACAGAGUGUCGGGUUGGUACUACAGGUGCUGCCUCAGUCGACCCUGCCCCUCACCUUGGACUACGAGGGCAGCGGCUCUCCCUCCAAUCACACCCUCUGAGACAGACGCAUGAGCUGGCUUGCCAGCCAAUGAGCUGCUGGUCGCCAUAGAGACACAGAGACAGCGAUUGGGAGAUGAGCUCGCCAAGAGAAACGGCGAGUGAUGCCACCUCAGUCAGUCAGAGUUGUAUAAUGAGUAUUAAAGUUAUUGUUUAUUUUUUUACAGGUGCCUACAUUUAUUAGUAAACAGUGUUAUUUUUUUGUUUUUAUUUUUCAAAUAUAUAUUUAGAAACGAGAAAAAAAAAAGCCUUAAUGCAGCUAAACUUGUUGGGAUUACAAAUGAUUAUUCCCAUAACACCAUUGAUGUUUUUAAUAUAUGUUUUUAUGAAAAACGAGUGAGUGGUGAAACCAUUUCAACAUCUGAAUGAGUAGUUAGCAUUAGUCAGCUUUAGGUACGCUCCAGUCUUUAAAGAAUCUAAUAAUCAGCAGACGCUUCAUCAGAACACUAAAUACAUAACAUAUGCAACACACAAUACACAGGCAACAUUUGACCCCAAAUGCACUUCUGAACUUUUCCAUUAUGACCUUCACCCUCCACGGUUUGUGGAUAUGAAAUCAGAUUUUAUGAAAUUAUUACUACUGAUUACUGUCAGUUCUGUUUUAGAACCAACAUAAACACACAUUGUUUUUAAAUUCGCUCUCUGGGAUUAUUUUUCCCUCCUCGCCAUGUAUCAGUAAUGAUAUCAGACAGUUUAGACAAUCAUGGGGCAGUUUAACAGCUGACAUCAUCUGAAUGAUCCUGAUACUCUACGCUCACCAUUUUCUGAUUAGUUGCACCACUUGCACCAGCUCGGACUCUUCACGGCAGAUUUAAUUUUGAACACGAGUCAAAGUUUCCUUUUUAAUAAUCACAAGUAAACACGACCACCUGGGGGUUGGAAAAUGUUCUUUGUGUAACUUUUUUUUUUCUUUUUUGGAAAUGUCACAGAUUAAUUAUGUGGUGUAUGACGUAGUGCUUUGAUAAUCCACCAAUUCAUUUUGAAUGUAACUGUGUACUCCCCUUUAAAACUGGUUGACGGCCAUGUAAGACACUGCAACGUGGCCUAAAGCUUAAAUUUUUCAGGGCCAUUGAGGGCAAAAUGUUUCACCUUUCCGCCAGGAGUUCAUCCCUGCUGUUGUAGUGUUGGUGCUUCCAAAGAGUGACCGAGAUGUUAGAAAACUAGUUCUGCAAAAACCUGAUGCUGUCCUUUUUCUUACUUGACGGUGUGUGUAGAAGUGUUAGAACAAGUCUGGUUUCGGGAAAGCCAUGAAGCUGUUUAAAAAAAAUAAACUCUUUCAACCAUCCC